AUGGACACCUACCCUGGCCGUGACAGUUUUGGCCUUUGGGCGGGCACUUAUCGCCGUAGGCUGGUGGAUCAAGAAGCGGUUUGGAUGUCGGUGGUGAAUGCAGAACUGGAUAGGCAACAGGAGGCUCAGGAGAAGGUCUUCUGCACUGGCAUGGUGACCGCUAAGAAGGACUUCGGUGUGAUUGUAGCCUUCCGCUCUCCAAAUGUGACGGGCAUCAUCCAGGGCCUUGUCUACAAGACUGAGAUGAAGGGUCAGCCGGACGUGAUGGACAAAGUGGAGGUCCGACUUGCAGGCGUCGAAAACAGAAGGAUCAAGUUGUCCAUGAUCGAAGACGACCCGCUGACAGGUGCUGCAGCGCGGUUCAUCAACUUCCGAGGUCUUGAGAAAAAAACGAUUCUCAAGGCAAAAGUCCAAGGUUUCGCGGACUUUGGUGCCUUUGUUGAGGUCACUCCCCCCGAGGGAAAUCCUGCGACUGCUCUCCUUCCCACUCGCGAGAUCAAGGUUCAUUGGCCACAGACUGUAUACACUUUGGAGAAUUAUGAGCCACACUGCAAUGCGGUACGAGGCUUGGAAUUUGAGGCAUUGCCGUUGAAUUUCGAUGAGAACUUCGCUCUAGUGGGUGCUGGGAAUGUGGAUUUUAUUUACAGCAACCCAGCAGCUUACAUGUGCAUGGCUGUUGAGUUUGAAGUACAAACCGUGGCAUCCCUAGUGAACUUCCGCAAGGGCUAUGCUCUCAGCAAGUUUGCUGGUGUGAUAUUUGCUCGUGCCAACUCCACGUUUCAGACCGUGGAAGACCUCCGACGUGCUCGUGUGGAGGCAGUCUCCAUCUCUGGCCUGGGUGCCAUGCAGCUUCAGCAAGCUGAGCUGCUGGCCCAGGGUUUGGACAUCAUGACAGAUGUGCCACGGCUUACUUUUGCAUUCAACCAGAACAAAAUUGUGCAAGAUGUGCAAAGUGGUGUUGCGGAUGUUGGCUUCGUGAGGACUGAUUUGAUUGACCGCCUGGUGGAAAGGAACCAGACCAGUUGGGCACAUUUCCGCGUGAUCGGUGAAAUUCCGAACGCCGAUACCUUUCCCUUCUCUCGCUCCACAGCCUUUACCCCGGAGUGGCCCAUCGGUGCACUGUCUCAUGUUCCAGACGCCAUCCGCGAGAUGGUUGGAAGCGCGUUGAUGUCCCUGGAUCGAGCUUCUGCUGAUCCCCUGCUCUCCGAGCCUGCGAUUCAAGGAAAUUUUGCAAGCUGGACCACACCCAGUAAUUAUCUUGGCCUUUUGGAUGUGCUUCAGAAGGUCCGCUACUUUGACCCCGUCCAACGCCGGUGUCUCCGCAGUUCCGACGAGUAUGACGCCAUUUUUUGCCCCGAGGGCUACGUGAAGAGAUCUGCAGAGCAGGUCUUUUGUUCCGACUGCCCGGACACAUAUUCCUGCCUUUGUUCUCCCUGUGCAAAGCUCAGGGACCCCGAAUUUGUCUUGAAGGUUGAGCUGCUAAGCACCAGCUGGAAAGGCAAUGUAGAUCUCGAGCAAGUGGCCAACUCGACAGUGUUGGCAAACAGUUGUGAGCGAAUGACGGUUUGUGGUCACGUCUUUUCCGGUCAGAAGCUCCGCUGGGUGCUGUUGGACCAAAUCGGCGCCACUCAGCGCCGUGCCAUCAACGCACCCUUGCUGGACAGCGUGAAUUUUCGAAUGACCAUCGACGGACCGACCAGGAACACCACUGUUCAGAACGUGACCGUAUCCGAUCUCGACACUCAGAUGUUCUAUUUGGACUUUGAGGCCCAAGACAACGGUGCUCAAGUGAUUCAGGUUGACAUCAAUGGGCUCCCAGCUAUUAUGUCUCCUGUGGUCUUGAAGGUGGAGCCAGCACCACUGCGUGACUUGCUAUGUCCCCCUGGCUAUGCAGCAAACGAGGAGGGACUAUGCAUGAUUUGCCCGGCUGGCACAGCAUCCUUGGGUGGUCUCGCACCAUGCCGUCCAUGUGAUCCUGGCACCAAGCAACCUCUUGAGGGCCAGGCCAAUUGUGAGAGUUGUCCUGUUGGCGAAUAUCAAGCUGAAAGUGCUGCAGCUGCUUGCAUUCCAUGCGAGCCUGGAAGUUCCAGUCGGGGCAAGACAGGCUCCCGAGCAUGCAGUCCAUGUGAGCCAGGUCAAGAAGCGCCAGAGUCCGGCAUGGAAAGGUGUACAGCCUGCCGGCGUGGCUAUUAUUCUGAGCAGGAAGGAGCGGCACACUGCUUGCAAUGUCAAGGUGGAAAGGGUACAUCUGAACAGGGUACCACUGAUCCUUCCUUGUGCAUAUGCUUGGAGGGUGAACGACUUUUGCGUGACUCGAACAUGAGUGAGCAUUGCGUCAGCUGCGGCAUUGGACUGUCUUGUACCGCUGGCAAUGGUGACCCUGAACAGCUUGCUGGCUUUUGGGUGGAUGUGGUGGAUGCCGAGAGAAAGGUUCUAUCAGUUUUCCGGUGUCGGAAUGUGUUGGAGUGCCCGGCAGGGCCACUUGGAGGCUGCGCCUCAGGUCGAGAAGGAAGAGCCUGCAACAAUUGUGAAUCUUGGUAUCAGCCCUCAAAUGAUGGCACAUGUGACCCAUGCGAGGGGGUGGAUGCACUCCCUGUGCUCUGGGUGAUUCUAGGCGUUUUGUUGCUGAGCUUUCUUACCUGGGCCUUUGCACAGACCAGCCUGGCCAGGCAGAGGUUGGGUCAGGUCACUGUCUUCUUGACUGCUGGACAAGUUAUUGUGCUGAUGCAGCUCAUGGCCGCCUUAAAGAGCCUCGAAUUCCAAUGGGCAGGUCCUGCAGUACCUGUUCUUCAAGCCCUGUCUUUGUUGGCCUUUGAUUUGGACUUCAUGAACCUUGGAUGUGUCGUCGCCAACGAUGGGCCUACUCUCUCCUUCUUCUCCCAGCUGAUGGCCUACCCAGUCUUCUCAGUUUGUAUGCUGCUUGUGUGGUGGUGCAUGACCAAGUGCCAGAGGGGAAUCUUCAAAGGCUCAGAGCUUUUGAACAUCAACGGCUUGGUUUUGAUGACUCUUUACGUCACCUUGACCAUUGUGUCCUUACUCCCUUGGCAAUGUGUGAGAAAUCCCAAUGGCACGCUCACGAUGCAAACCCAGCCUGGCGUUGUUUGCUUCGACUCGGAUGAGCACACAGGUUUGUUGGCCUUGUCUGCGCUCGGGAUGAUCAUGUACCCGAUUCCCAUGCUAGCUGUGUCCAUUCAAGCUACUGUGAUGUAUCCUUCCUAUGUGGCCUCGGGCCAGGGAUUGGUGGUGGUGAAUCGAUAUCGCUUCAUUUUUGAGCGUUUUCGCGCUUCACGCUAUUUCUUUGGCGUCCUUUAUCUCGUCAGGAACACGCUCCUAUCGCUGAUCCCUGUGGUUCUCGCCAACUUCCCCUCGGUUCAGGUCGCAAUGCUUGCUUGUGUAAUGCUCAUGGGUGUGAUUAUCCAGAUGCGAGCCUGGCCGUGGCGAACACAGGUGGCCAACCUCACAGACAUGGUCUUCUCCUCGGGAGUUGUCCUGUUCCUGGUGAUCGCAGGGCCAAUCCUGGACUUUGAGACGGAGGCAGAUGAGAAAUCCUAUGCGAUGUUCCUCUCUUGGAGCUUUUGCUUGUUGUUGCUGACUUUCUGCUUGGCCUUCUUCAUUGUGGCAGUGAUCUACCUGCAAAGACGCUUCAAUCCGGUAAAACCAUAUAAAGUCUUUCUGACGCAUCAGAAGGGAGCAGCUGGGUCCUUGGCACGCUUCAUCAAGUCCAUUCUGAACAAGCACUCCAGUGAUGGAGUCUUUUUGGAUUCGGACGAGCUGCAGGAUUUGGACUCGCUCUUUGAGUGUGUUCGUUCCCAAGUGGGCUAUUUGGUUCCCCUGGUGACACCUGCCAUGAUGACUCGACCUUGGUGUGUCGGCGAGCUGGCCACGGCAUUUUUGAAUAACGUGCCAAUUCUGCCAAUCUCCUGCAGUGGUGCAAGUCCAAUUUCACCUGGACGUGUCCCAGCAAUUCUGAAUUCAUGGUCUACGGACGAAUUUCAACCACUGCUUGCAGCUGGCAUUGACGAGAGGGGCAUUGAGGCAACCUUUGAGCACCUUGCGACCUUGAAAGCUAUACCGUAUGAUCGCUCGAGCGAGCUGGAACAUCAAGAGUCCUCCAUCCUCAGAAUCAUUUCGCAUUGUGAAAUGAAAAGGCGCCCUUUUGUGGAUUACUCCUCAAAGUCAACCAGGGCGCGUGUGCUGAUCUUAUCCCACACUGAGCGUGAAGCAAUCUCCACAAGUAUGAUCUUGCAGAUGCAGCUGCAACAGCAACUCCAGGAGAACGUUUUGGUGCCAAGAUCCACCGGGCAAAUGCAUCAGGCACUCAACAAAGCUGAGACCCUGAUAAUUUUGCUGCACACCGGCAUCUUGUACGACCCCACCUUUGCAGGCAUGGUUCUAGCAGCUUAUGCUCAAGAGACCGAGGACCAUUCUGACCUGGCCACAUCCUCAACUGGACUGGCGAUGGUGAAAUCUUUGAGCAAUGCAAGCGAUAGCUAUGCUUGGCAAAAGAUGGUGAUCGUGAGCGCAGAUCCAAAUUUCACUUUUCCCAGCUCCGAAUUCUAUACCUCCCUGGCUGCUCAAGGGCUUUCCACUGAUGACAUGGGACCAGAAUGUGGCCCAAAGCUGUGCGAGGCUUACAGGAGCAUUUUCAAGAAGAUCUCGUUGCCAUUUAGCCCUUGUGCAUCCGAGAGCUUGAUUUCACACCAGGUGAAGGAGAUCGGAAAGCGGCUAUCCUCAUUGCUUGAGGGUAAUGUGACGCGAACCAAUACCGUGAAUGGGCGCAGAAUCUCAACCCACUCGAAUGAGCUCCAAGCAUCCUCCUCCCAGCCUUUAGCUACUGCUGCCGCUGCCUAGAUGAAGCUUGCAUUCAGAAGCCCUGAGUCUUCGAUGCCAGCAUCACCCAGGCAGCAGGAUGAAGAAACUGGUUACAUUGACCAUGACUGAGAGGGCAUAUCGGCUCAUUGUGGUCUUGACGACGACCUCAACAUCUUGGGCGUUGAAAGCUUUGAGCUUGACCAAGAAGAGUUUCACAGCUUGCCCAAGGCGGAGGACAUGAUCACACAUGCCUUCUGAGAUCCCUGCCAGGCAAACAGUGACGACGGGACCUACGCAUUUCUUGACCUAGCAAAUGUUCAGCUUGCUGCAGUAUGUCUCAAAGGGACAGUUUUUCCAGUGACAGGCGAGUGUCUUUUCUCACGCCAAAGCGGCGUUUCCUUCCACCCUCAGUACUUGCGAUGGACGGAUCCGCACUGUCUCACACAACAUGGUGUGACAUGGUGUGACAUAUUCGAUUCAACUUGUCACGAUGUGUGCCUGAUUCAGUGUGCAAUAGACACGCUGAAAAGACCUGGCAACAAGAAUGAUCAAAAGAUGUGCAAUUGAUGUGGCGGUGUG